GAUGGCAGAGAGGAGAAGUAGCAAUAGAGGAGAAGUUGUUAUCAAUGUUCCAGAGAAAGAGGAUGCAGCAGCAUUUCCUUCUACCAAGGUAGCGGCUACAACAGAUUCAGAUUCAAGGACUAGGAGACCAGAGCCAUUGACCUUUUCUAACAAAGAUGGUCUAGCUCCGCGGAGAUCUCUUUCGAGGUCAGUUUACUCCAAGUCUAAUUCAAGGUUUGAUAAACAGCUGUCUCAUCGAUUCGAUGAGACUAUACUAGAGGAAAAUGUUGGAACCGCUAGGGAACAUUCAAAUACGAGUGUGGGCAUAGCAGCACUAAGUAAAGUUGCCGAUGAGGAAGUUGAUGAAAACGAUGAAAUCUACGAAAAGGUUAUGCUACACCGAGUGAAGCGUAGCGGAAUUAAACCUUUGGCUCUGUUUGAAUUGGCACUGUUUGUGGCCAUAUUAUGCACUUUGAUUGUGAGUUUAACCGUUGAUAAGGUGAAAAAGCAUUGUGUUUUGGGUUUACAAGUCUGGAAGUGGUGUGUAUUUGUGAUGGUGACGCUUAGCGGCAUGUUCUUGACGAACUGGUUCAUGCAUUUAGCGGUAUUCAUCAUCGAAAGGAACUAUCUCCUAAGGAAAAAAGUGUUGUACUUUGUGCAUGGUUUGAAGAAGAAUGUUCAAGUCUUUAUUUGGUUCACCUUGGUUCUUGUUGCUUGGAUUAUUUUGUUUGAAGAAGACCAUAAACACUCACGCAAGACCAAGAAAUUUCUUGACCUUAUUACUUGGACUAUUGCUUCCCUUCUUAUAGGGUCAAUCCUUUUCUUGUUGAAGACGUUAGCUUUGAAAGUCCUUGCUUCAAAGUUCAACGUCAGAAACUUCUUUGAGAGAAUUCAAGAAUCUGUAUUCCACCAAUACGUUCUCCAGACCCUCUCGGGACCUCCUCUUAUAGAAGAGGCAGAGAGAGUUGGGCGCGAGCCAAGCACGGGCCACCUUAGCUUCACGAGCACCAAAGAUGGAACGGUGAAAGGGAAGAAAGUGCUUGAUAUGGGGAAGGUUCACAGGAUGAAACAAGAGAAGGUCUCUGCUUUGACAAUGCGAGUUUUGAUCGAAGCUGUGGGAUCUUCAGGUCUCACAACCAUAUCUAACACUUUAGAUGAGUGUAAAAGUAAGAGAAAGAAAAAUGAUAAAGAGAUAACUAGUGAGAUGGAGGCUGUGGCUGUUGCUUAUGAUAUCUUCAACAAUGUUGCUCGGCCGAACCACAAUUACAUAGAGGAAGAUGACAUGUUGAGGUUCAUGAUAAAGGAAGAGGCAGAGCUUGUACUUCCUUUGAUAGAAGGUGCCGAGACAGGAAAAAUCACACGCAAAGCUUUUACAGAAUGGGUGAUUAAAGUUUACACAAGUCGGAAAGCUCUAGGACAUUCACUGGGCGACACAAAAACAGCGGUUAAGCAGGUGGACAAGCUUAUAAUUGGAAUCUUGACUGUUGCCACCUUCAUCAUUUGGUUGAUACUUCUUGAUAUAGCAUCGACCAAGUUGUUGUUAGUCUUCUCCACACAACUCGUGGGGCUUGCUUUCAUGAUUGGAAGCACUUGCAAGAAUAUCUUUGAAUCCUUUGUGUUUGUGUUUGUGAUGCACCCUUAUGAUGUUGGUGACCGUUGCGUUAUUGACGGUGUAAUGUUGCUGGUUGAAGAAAUACAUCUUUUAACGACAGUGUUCCUCAAGAUUGACAACGAGAAAGUGUUCUAUCCAAAUGCGGUUUUAAUAUCGAAACCAAUAAGCAAUUUCUACAGAAGUCCAGAUAUGGGAGAUUAUAUAGAAUUAUCCAUCUCAUUCUCAACACCGGUAGCGAAAAUCGCCACUCUCAAGGAAAGAAUCACAGAAUACUUGGUAAAGAACCCACAUCAUUGGUAUCCAGAAACCAUGUUGAUGGUGAAAGCGAUUGAGAAUGUGAACAAACUGAAACUGAAUCUGCUCUUCCAGCACACGAUCAACUUCCAAAAGUUCGUAGUGAAGAGUCUCAGGAGAACUGAGCUGAUCAUUGCGGUCAAGCAAAUACUCGAAGAUCUAGAGAUCGAUUACUCCCUCCUUCCUCAAGAUGUUCAUCUCACCGGGCACAAGUGAUAGUUUCCUUCUUCCUUUUUGGAUUUUAUUUCACUACUACUAUUACCUUCAUUUGCUUCUGUUUAAUAAUCUA